AUGGCCUGGAAAGACACGGAAAAGGACAAAAUGCGUCAUCAGCUACGCAUGACGAUCGGAGCAACGACACGUGUUUCGCAAAUCCUAUCACUCGCCCCAUACCCACUGACUCUGUUUCAGGGGGAUCACUGCGAUGUCAACAGUGAUCGAAAUCAGGUUGUGAUCUUUUUCCGCCAUCUGUUCGCCAUUUUCAUAACAGGUGCUACCGUAGCGUCUCAGUUUGUGCUGUUUUUCUUCUAUCCUGAUCUGCUGUAUCAACCAACGGCUCCGGCGUUCAUCAAAAUUCUCUACUACAUCGUAAACGUGCUGCAGUCGCUAACGGUUGCGAAUCUGAUGAUUGGCUGUGAACGCCGCCGUUUGCAAUACGAGGGGUACUUUUCCGAGGUGCUGCAGUUGAUAAGAGCAACGAUCGAACAAAGUGACUGUGAGGAGACGAUCUGGUACCGAAACACCGCCAAAGCCUUGUUGAUCGCAUACUCCACCGUCACGGUGCUACUUCCGUUCAUUAUCGCAACGGUUCACAUGGGCAUCGGUACCAUUCCUUAUGCGAUAGCCCAGGUUGUUCCGUUUACCAUUAGUUAUCUGAUUCUCGCACAGUACUAUUGUGUGUACGUACAUUUGUCCUCGAUUGCAAGGAAACUAAACAAGCGUCUGACUAAGCUAGUUAGCAUCAACUCGCCAUUGGAACAGGGAGAACAACGGAAAGGGAAAUCAAUAGCUUAUGAUUUUGUAACACGCUCUGUUUCGACCGUAAAAGAAAUCCACAUAUCUUCUGACCAGAUCGAUCAGCUUCGGUUGCUCCACGUGCAAACGAUUGAGAUUACAAACAGUUUGUGCAUCAACUUUGGUCUUGUAAUAAUUCUCAUUGUUGUGGCCGCUUUUGCAAGCAUUAACAUUGAGCUAUUGGAGAUGUAUCAAAGCAUCAGGCAUCCUACACUAACACCGUUGACCAUUUUUAUGAAAUUCAUAUUUGCAAUGAUAAAAUUUUCGUUCUUUGUUCUAAUAGCCUAUCCUAAUCGACUCAUUCAGAACGAGAACCAGAGCACCCUUUUCAUGCUAUACAAAAUUCGGCGAUCCUCGUAUGCCCCUGACGUGAAUGGGGUGAUAAAAAAUGAAAAACAAAUGAUUCGUGCUAUUUUGUUUCAGAUCGAACAUUACAUAUCGCAAAUUGCUAACCUGCAGGACGUUUACCAAGCAUGUGGAAUGAUUAACUUAGAUAUGAAGCUUAUCUCUAACGUUGUAGCCGCGAUCACAUCCAUUAUGGUGGUGCUAAUUCAAUUUGCAGAUUCCAGCUCCUAG